AUCAAUAAACAAUGGUUUGAAGGGAAAGUUCAAACUUUUCCAAAAUAAAAACAAAAAACAUCUGAAACUCACUCUUAAACAGCUUAUUUGUUCCCAAAUUGAUAGCACUUUAGUUCAAGCUUCUUAAUUAUGUCAAGCCAUCAAUAUUGUAAUAUGUACCUACAUUAACACAAUUAUACAUUUUUUAUGAUUUUUAUUUAAUUUAAUUUUUCAUUAUUUUUUGGUGGAAGAUCCUUACACACAUUUUAUUUCUUUGCAUACUUGUAUCCUAUUGUAUUCCUUUUUCGCUAUCUAUAAGAACAAAAUUGCAAACACCCAAAAGUAGUUUAGCCGGAAAGAAUGUCGGAAAAUAAUUCCAAUUUUAAUAGUAACGGAGUCCAAGGAGUCGACAAUAUCGACUACAACAGCAAAGACUCCCAAGAUAUAACGAUGUCUUCACCGACACAGAGCAAUCCAAUAGGGACUGCACAAACCAAUUCCAACUAUACACCAUCCACAAAUAGUACUGGACACAAUUCGAUUCCUUCAAAGAUAUCGAAUCACAUUGAAAGCCAACCGAUUCUCUCGAAACCUCGACUUCUCGAGUUGGUGCGGGAAGUUGAUGCAACGGCACAGCUUGACGAAGAUGUAGAAGAAUUGCUUUUACAAAUCGCAGAUGACUUUGUUGAAGAUGCUGUCAAGUCCACUUGUGCUUAUGCAAAGCAUAGAAAAGCUUCUAAAGUAGAGGUUCGGGAUGUUCAAUUGCAUUUGGAACGCAAGUGGAACAUGUGGAUUCCUGGCUUUGGCACUGACGAAUUGAGACCCUAUAAGAGAGCAGCUGUAACUGAGGCGCAUAAGCAGCGUCUUGCAUUAAUUAGAAAGACUAUUAAAAAAUACUAAAAGCAAAUUUUAUAUGACACACAUUUAUAUCUAAAAAAAAUCAUUAAAAAUAGUUGAAAUUUUAUAAA